GGAGCUCAGUUGCAUAUUAGCCUCCCAAGAAGAAAUGGGCUAGUAGAGAGAACAUUAGAUUUGGAGGCAGAGGCCAUGGGUUUAAAUCCUGACUCUAAGAAUCCUGACUGGUUACUUACUACCUGUAUGACCUUAGAUGUGGAAACAAGCCCAGAGAAGUGAAAGAACUUUUCCUAGGUCACCAAGGUUUUUGUCCAAAAUAUCAGCUAACCCAAAGGGAAUAGAAACACGUGAACUCGGCGGUGAUUCUGCAAUGGGAAUGCAAAAAAUUACUCAGAUGUUCAUUGGGAGUUACAUGACCUGCAGCAAAACAUACUACCUAGUGAUUACCAUUCUUUUGCUUCCUUACUAUCGGGUACUGACCUUCCGAGCACCCCCUGUUGUCCCAAACCUUCCUUUUAUCAUGGGUUGGAAUGCUCCCACUGAAAUCUGUGCUAAGAAAUUUAAGUUACCAUUGGAUCUAAGCCUCUUUUCCUUUGUUGGAAGCACUCUAAAGACAGUUACAAAUCAGAAUAUCACUAUGUUUUACCAGGACAGGCUUGGCUACUAUCCUUAUAUACAUGAAAAAACAGGUAAAGCUUUGAAUGAAGGGAUCCCUCAGUUGGCUUCUUUAAAGAAGCAUCUAGACAAAGCAAAGAAAGACAUCCUCUACUACAUUCCAGCAGAAGAUACAUUUGGUUUGGUGAUUAUCGACUGGGAAAACUGGAGGCCUAAUUGGGUAAGGAACUGGAAACCAAAAAACAUUUACCAGAUCCUGUCUGUUGAGCUGAUUCAUCAACUAAAUAUAAAAUUAAAAGACACCGAGGCCUGGCAGGCUGCCAAAAAAGAUUUUGAAAAGGCAGCAAGGACUUUUAUGCAAGAGACUUUAAGAUUGGGGAAAUCCCUGAGGCCAAAUCACUUAUGGGGCUAUUACCUUUUCCCUGAUUGUUAUAACUAUAACUUCAAAAGCCCCAGUUACAAUGGAAGUUGUUUUGAUGUAGAAAAAGAAAGAAACAAUGAUCUAUAUUGGUUAUGGAAAGAGAGCACUGCUCUUUUCCCAUCUAUCUAUAUAUCCAAGAAGCUAAAGUAUUCUUAUAAGACUCAAUUCUUUGUGCGUAAUCGUAUUAAGGAAGCCAUUCGUGUUUCUCAAGUGAUGCGAUUCAAGAAACCUCUUCCGAUUUUUGUAUAUGCACGUCCAGUUUUUACUGAUGCCACAUCUCAAUAUCUUUCUGAGGAUGACCUUGUAAAUACUAUUGGAGAGUCUGUUGCCUUGGGUGUCUCUGGAAUAAUAAUGUGGGGAAGCCUCAAUUUAACACAAAACAAGAAAACGUGCAUGGUCUUAGACAAUUACAUGAUGACUACACUGAACCCUUACAUUAUCAAUGUCACUCUUGCAGCCAAAAUGUGCAGCCAGGCCCUUUGCCAGGAGCAAGGAGUUUGCAUUAGAAAACACUGGAAUUCUAGUGACUACCUUCAUCUGAACCCAAAGAGAUUCAUCAUUCAAACUCGGAAGGACAGAAGAUAUGUGAUUUAUGGAAAGCCCAACCUUCAGGAUCUACAGGAAUUUUCAGAAAAAUUUUAUUGCAACUGCUACGCAGGCUCCAAUUGUAAAACAAAAGUCACUGUACAAAAUGUUCGUGAUGUCAAGGUGUGCAUUUCAGAAGAUAUUUGUAUUGAAGCCUAUUUAGAUUCAAAACCAAUCGGCCAUACAUCCAGGUCCCUAAAGUGGAGACGAGUUAUUGUUGCCCCUCAGAACUUUCUUUCCCUGGACCCUACUGGCAUAGAAGAUCAGCUGAUUUCUACCAUAGCAUUCGAUGGAUAUGGCAUAGGUAAUGGUGAUAGUUCAAACAAUGGCAGUGAUAGUAUUGAGACUACUCUUACCGAAUAUAUUUUUGGAAUGAACUAUUUAGCUGAAGGCACCCAUGCAGACACUGAAAAUGGUAUGCCUAAUUCUUCCUUUCAACAGACACCUGGUUUAUAUCAACCAAAACCUGAAAACAAUUUGAUAAAUACGAUUUACUCAAGGUCUUGUUCAGUGUUUAUGAACUUUUGUACUUAUAAGCUUUUUAUUUUUCUAACUGUUGAAUUGUUUUUGUCAACUUUUGUUUUUAUGGACAUGUAAUGCAUGCCAACAGUUUUUUUGAUGUGUGAAUCAAUCCCCAUGAUAGCUUUAUUACAGCUAUAAUCAUAUAUUUUUUUAAAUGGAGAGAGUGACUUUAGAAAUCAUUUGUCUGGGGCAGCUAGGUGGCACA